CUUCACUUCUUCUGCCUCUCUCACACUUAUUCAGAUCAUUGUCCUGGUCAUUAUUUUAAUCCUUAACGCGUCAUAUCAUCACAACCUCCGAUCGCGACUCUCGUUCUACCUUUCCCCAGAGCUGCAAUAAGACAGCAUCUUCGAUCCGUCAGCGACCGCGGUCACGAUAAGCCGCACUCAGGCCUGAGUUCCUCUCUAGUCCCCGAGUGUCAUCCCUAGAUCAUGACCAAGAAGAAGCGCGGACACCCUGAUGCCGAGGAGAUCCUCGCUCGGCCAUGGUGCUAUUAUUGUGAAAGAGACUUUGAUGAUCUCAAGAUCUUGAUCAAUCAUCAAAAGGCCAAACACUUCAAAUGUGAAAGAUGCGGACGUCGUCUCAAUACUGCAGGAGGUUUGAGUGUGCAUAUGAGUCAAGUACACAAGGAGAACCUCACUGCAGUUGACAAUGCCCUUCCUAAUAGAGCCGGACUCGACAUCGAGAUCUUUGGCAUGGAGGGUAUUCCAGAAGACAUCGUUCAGCAACACCAACAGCGGGUUCUCACACAAUUUCAUCAGGCUCAAGCCGACCGACAGGCUGCCACUGGCAAUGCCGGUGCCGGUGCCGGUGGUGGUAAUAAUGCCAACGUGUCCAAGAAGCCAAAGUUGGAACAAUUGUCGGACCUCAAGAAGCGUCUCGCUGAACACAAGGCUGCCAAAUUGGCCGCCGAGCAGGACGGUGCUACAAGCAGUGGCAAUGUAACGCCAAACCCAGCUGCUCAGCCUCAAGCCCAGACUCCUGCAGCUGCAUCACCUUCCUAUCCUGGUUUUCAGCAACAAUACGCUCCGCCCCCAUCCAAUGGCUCAUACAGUCAACCACCAUCCUUUUCUCAACCGCCAGCUGUUCCCGCUCCCUAUCAAGCGGCUCCUGGCUUUCCCCCCGCCGGCUCGCCCGUACAAGCAGCGCCGUAUGGUCAACCCCCCGUUCCUCACGGUCAACCUGGGUACCCACCUGUACCUAACGCUUAUCCACACCAACCAUAUGCUCAACCACCUCAACCAUCAUUCCAACAGGCACCACCUCCGGUUGGAUUUCCCCCUCAGCCAAACUUUUCGCCUCCGCCAUUCCAGGGCCAAGCCCCCUACCCGGGACAAUCGUAUCCCAACGCCACUAGCCCUGCCCAGGCAUAUGGGCCUGCAGGAUCUCCACUUGGAUUUCCUCAUCCGCCACAAGCCCAAGCUCACCUACCACAACGGACUCACUCCCCUGCAACAAACGGGAAUUUCCCUGCACCUGUUCGUACAGGCAGUGUAAGUCUACCUAACGCAACCGGUUUGCCACAGAGACCCGCUUUUGGUGCUCCACCAGUCAAUGCUUUUCAAUUCCAGCAAAUGCAUCAAGGUCAGCUCCCUGCUCCUCCAAACCAUCCUCCUGUGACCCAGUAUCGCCCACAAGAAGCUUCUGUGAGUCCUGCUCCACAAUCACAGGUGUUGUCCUCUAUUCCUGCAAAACUUGACAACAAUGCCUCAUCCCUCGAUGACUUGAUCUCGUCGGCUUCGAAGCAGGCCGACCUCACAUCUGUCGCUGCCACGGCGUCCCCAGCCGCACCGGCCGCCGCCUCAAACCCUCCCAAGGAAGACGCCAACGAAGAAAAGGCGGCCAAGAAGGACAAGGAAAAGCCAAAGUCAACCAGGUUGGUCUAUUCUGACAACGAAAUCAGCCCUGAAGAGAAGAUGGCACUUUUGCCCAAAUAUGCAUUUAUAUCUGCUCCCAGGGCCGUCGCAGUAUAGGCAAUCUAUCCUUUGAACCGCCGGAGUUGAUCGUCCCCUGGUCACGCCGCAUGGACCAGGGUUUGAAUCUCAUGUUGCACAUCACUUGCAUCAAAUUUCAUGCUCAGAAGGGAAUUGGGGUGUUAGCUAAGUCUUCAAAAUCAUGGCGAGUCGACUGACAAGAAAUCAUAAUUAUGAGUUCAUUGAAUCACAUGAUCGGGCUUGGACAGUUUGAGAUAUUUUAAUGGAACACGGUGGAUUUGUUUUCCUUUGGUGAGUCAAGGCCGGAGGAACCGGCUACAUGGUCAACGUGCCUCAACGAAAUGGAGUCUUGGGGGCUCGUCGGGCGUCCAGUCAGGGCUGCAUACCGAUGAUCACUAGGAAAGGUUGACGAGUUGGAUCUUCCUCCUUCCGAACAUGAGCAUACAUUCUUCCACCUCCUGGCUGGUCUCGUCGUGGGUAAGUGUCUUUAUGCGGAGAUGGAUGGGCUUUCACUAUGGUAUGUCUAUUCGGCUUUGUUUCAAAAUAGAGAAACUGGCAAAAAGUCCGCCGAGUUCCUCUUUUGAAUCGGGAACAACUUGCCCCGAGGGAACAUUCGGUUUCGGUCUCCUGUUACUUGGUUAGGGCUGGCGUCUCCCUAGCCCGCCUGCUAUGUAUUCUGUAAGUAGUAUCCUUGUCCCCAAGAGGCGAGAGACGGGGUCUCUAACGCGUAUUCGCAUCUGUCUUGCCUCGUUCCUUCCUAACUAUCUGAGAUGUCUG